CCACUUUAUCUAGAGAUGCAGAGGGGCACUGGUAAAAGCCCUCUCCUCUAUCUCUUUGCAGGCUUGUUGAUCGGUGCUGGCUGUGCCCUCUACCCCUUGGGCUGGGACAGUGAGGAAGUCCGGCAGACUUGUGGCUACGUUUCUGGCCAGUUUGACCUGGGUAAGUGUGAAAUCGGCUGGGCCUACUACUGCACAGGAGCAGGUGCUGCCGCCGCCAUGCUGCUGUGCACGUGGCUGGCUUGCUUCUCUGGCAAGAAACAGAAGCAGUACCCGUACUGAGAUGGAGCCACCAAGAGCAAACAGAGGAGGAGAUGAGCCGAAGGGGCUCGGAGGUCCUGAAGCAUCCAGCUACUUUCAAAAGGUGGAAUAGUGGUUCUAAUCUUACAGUGCUAAUGAAAUGAAACCCAAUGGAAUCAGAAACAUUAUAUAAUGUGGAAGGGUUGUGCACGAUUUGUGAAAGAAAUGGAGAGCAUGGAAUGAUAGAGGAAAAUGGACCAAAGGCUAAAAAUAUUGCAGGGUGUUGGGUGUUUCUCUUCCACAGAGUAUUGUUAAUGCAGAACACAAACACACACAAACAAAUUUAUAUAUGCAAACUAGGGUUUGGUUUCUUUUAAAGAUGAGGACUCAGAGCAUCAAAGGGCUAGUAGAAACAGUAUUAUGUCUGGAAGCAGGGUACCCCGCAGAUGUUCCCUGUAGGUCAUGGCGCUUCUGAAAGCACACGAGCACAUACAGACACACGCAUCCACACACAUGCCCACGCACAAACAUAUACACUGUUGCACAGACUGUAUGAGAGGUUAAGCCAUGCAUUACUCCUCUGUUUUCUUUUAAAUAUACAUUUAAAACACAGUAUUAUCACUUUAUAAAGCAUCUGUUAAACCUAAUAAAUGGACCAAUAAGGCACUCUAUCAGUAUUUUGUAUAUCCUGCGUAAACUCUUUAUGCCCUCAACAUGUUUUCAGUGUUUAUGCAGACUUUUAGAGUAACGCCUUUGUAUUUCAAUAUUAUUCAAAAAUAUGCAGGAUUCCUCUGAGUAGCUUCUGCUAUGAUAUUCUUACGAAGUAAAGGGGCAAAUUUCAGUCGACUGUAGGGGAGAAUUCAGCUGAAGAUAUGAAAGUAAUGGGAGACACUUUCCAGUCAUUAGAUGGUGUUUUCUUUUGCCCAUUAUUGUACUGUGCUGUACCACAUUUAUUUCAAUAUUCAUUUUGUAAAGAAUAAAAAAGUGCUAUUUUGUUUGUAUUUGAAAAGCUCUGUGAAUAAAUUCUCUCUUUGAUCAAUACCUAAA